UCAGCAGGAGAAGGGAGCGAUCACUACUGCUUCAAACCCUGGUAGUGAGCAGGAGAAGGGAGCGAUCACUACUGCUUCAAACCCUGGUAGUGAGCAGGAGAAGGGAGAGAUCACUACUGCUUCAAACUCUGGUAGUGAGCAGGAGAAGGGAGAGAUCACUACUGCUUCAAACUCUGAUAGUCAGCAGGAGAAGGGAGAGAUCACUACUGCUUCAAACUCUGAUAGUCAGCAGGAGAAGGGAGAGAUCACUACUGCUUCAAACUCUGGUAGUCAGCAGGAGAAGGGAGAGAUGGCGAGAGCCAGUUCAGGCCCCGGGCAGGGAAUCACGGCUGCAGGACAACAGGCUGAAGAAACUGUUUCUCAGGAGCUGCGCAGCCCCUCUGAGCUGAGGAUCGUGCUGCUUGGGAAGGACUGGGCUGGGAAGAGUUCAGCUGGGAACACCAUCCUGGGCAGAAAGGAGUUCACCUCUGAAAAGAGCUCGUUUGCUGGAAUAGGAGAGUGUGAGAAGAGAACAGGAAAGGUGUCUCUGAGGCGGGUCACUGUGGUCAACACUCCAGACUUGUUAAACACAGGCAGGGUGGAGAUUGAGAGAUGUGUUUCACUGUCCGCCCCGGGACCCCACGCUUUCCUCUUUCUGAUACGGGUCAUACCAAGAAAUAUAAAAGACACUGACAGUGAAUGGUGGGAGUCUGCAGUAAAAACCAAUUGCAGAGCCCUAGAUAAAGUUCAAGAGCUGUUCGGUGAGAGAGCUGUGAGGAACACGAUGAUCCUUUUCACCCGCGGUGAUGAUCUGAAAGGCUGGACGAUUGAACAGUACAUUGAGGAGGCUGGUAAGGAGUUCCAGCAGCUUGUUGAGAAAUGUGGGCACAGGUAUCAUGUUCUCAACAAUAUGAACAGAAACGAUCACAGUCAGGUCACACAGCUCCUGGACAAGAUAGACAACAUGGUGAAGGGGAGUGGAGGCAACUACCUCUCAAUAUCUUCUGAUAUUUACCAGGAAGUAGAAGGAAGAAUUAAUCUAAAAGAACAGGAGCUGAUGAGGAAACACACAGCGGAACUGAGAAGAAAAGAAGAGGAGAUGAAACAGAAAUAUGAAGUGGAACUGAGAAGAAGAGAAGAGGAGAUGCUGGAGAAGUUGAGAAAGCAGAUGAAGAAAGAUUCAGAAGAAUCCAAGCUGCCUGUCAGGAGAAGAAACAGCAAUAAUUCAGACCCUCACAACUUGCCUGGAAAGACUCCCAGUGCAUCUGCCCUACCAGCUCCCAGUCUUUCUGAGCUGAGGAUGGUGCUGCUUGGGAAGACUGGGGCUGGGAAGAGUGCAGCAGGAAACACCGUCCUGGGCAGAGAGGAGUUCAGAUCUGAAGCCAGCUCCUCUGCAGGAACGAGGGAGUGUGAGAAGAGAGAAGGAGAAGUGGCUGGGAGACGUGUUGCUGUUAUUGACACUCCAGAGCUCACCUCUCAGAACAAACUCCCGAUAGGCAGCUGCAUGUCUCUGUCUGCCCCGGGACCCCAUGCUUUCCUCCUGGUGAUACCGGUGGGACGAUUCACAGAGGAAGAGAGCAGAGAAGUGGAGACAAUCCAGGAGAUAUUCGGAAAGGAGACUGUCAGGAGGUACGUGAUGCUCCUUUUCACACACGGUGACAAACUGAAAGGCAAGACCAUUGAGGACUACAUUGAGACAGGCAGCAAGGAGCUACAGCAUCUUGUUGAGAAAUGUGGGACCAGGUAUCAUGUUCUCAACAAUAUGAACAGGAACGAUCGCAGUCAGGUCAUACAGCUCCUGGACAAGAUAGACAACAUGGUGACUGGAAACAGCGGCUACUACACUAGCGAGAUGUACCAGGAGGCAGAAGCAAAGAUUAGACAAAGGGAAGAUGAGAUACUGAAGGAAGAGGAAGAGAGACUAAGAGAAAAGCAACGGACGAGAGAACAGGAAGAGAAUCGCAGGGUCAAACUGGAGGAGGAGUUGAUUGAAAAGGGAGAGGAGCGAGAAAGGGUGGAGCGUGAGAAGGAUGAGUGCAGGGAGCAGGAGGAGAGAGACAGAAGA